UGCGCAGCCGCAGUCCGCUUGCGCACCGAGCCGCGCACGAGCGGUAACGGUUGGAUGGUGGCGUUGGUACCUUUUGUGGUUCCCAUCGUGGGUGACAAAACCUUGCUGGUGUGGGAGCUGAGCUCUGGACCCACGGCCGAGGCCUUGCAAUCUUCUCCCAGUUUGGCCUUCAGUAUUCGGUCCGAGUCUUCCCAAACGCAGCAGUGGCCGGUCCUGUGUUCUAUGCCAUCAUCAAGGGAUGCCCACAGAGCCCAAAAGGCAUGCGACCAGAAGCAGCUUUUUCAGACAUCUCCAGUGAAGCUUCAGGAUCUUUCUAACCUUGAAGAAAGAGAAAAUGAAGAUAUUGUGACACCACUUCAGAAGCAAAGCCUGAAGCUCUUCUGUGCUUUAGAGGUGGCGUUGCCCUCCCACGAGUGCAGGAGUCCUGGAGCUGGCAUGGCUGAGGAACCUUUGGAUAAGUUGGAGGAAGGGUCAUUAUCAUUCCUUAUGAAAAGGAAGGUAACCCAGAAGCUUGCUAUUCAGAAGGCUAUGACAGAAGCAUUCCGGAAACUGCUGAUUGUGGUUUUAGGAAACUCUAGUCUGCCAGGAGGAACCAGCCCUGGAAACACUACCCAUAGGAACGUCUCCACUGCACAUUCUACUGUUGCUGCAGACAACAGUAUGCCAACUGUUCAACACACCAACGAAACACAAUGGGAGUACCACAACACGGGCACUGAAUUAUCCUCUAAGCCCACAGGCUUCACUUUCCUAGGGUUCACAUCCCCGGGUGAUCAAGUUGAAACUCAGCUAAAGCAGCAGCUACGGUCCCUCAUCCCCAACAGUGACAUGCGAAGGCUCAUUUCUCAUGUUAUCCAGACUCUGAAAAUAGACUGCUCGGAGACCCACGUGCAGCUGGCCUGUGCCAACCUCAUCUCUAGAACAGGCCUCCUGAUGAAGCUUCUCAGCAAGCAGCAGGAAGUAAAGGUGUCCAAAGCGGAAUGGGAUACGGACCAGUGGAAAAGUGACAACUCUGUCAGUGAGAGCACAGAAGCCCAGAGUGAGCAGAAAGAGCAGGAGUCAAGUGAGCUCACAAAAGAAGUUCCAGGAUAUGGCUGUAACAACAAACUCAUCUUGGCAAUAUCUGUAACUGUAGUAGUGACGAUUUUGGUUACAAUUCUCUGUCUCAUUGAGAUUAUUCUCAUAGAAUUGCAAAAGGGGAAGAUAAAAAAAGAAGCAGAAGGGGCUUUUUUCGAUUUCUGCUGCAUCAGAGAAGCUCAGGGGAAAGUGAGAGUCAGGAGGGCUUUUUCGGGAGAAGGCGGCCACUUUGGCUUAGGGAUAUGUAUAGGCCUCUCAACGCCACAUGCAAGGAAAACAUGGCACAGAAGCUACACGACAGGGAGUCUUCUGAUGAGGAUGAGAUAUUCUAUAAGGAUGCAGGACAGUUCUGGGUGUACUCUGAUGCUUUUGCAAAUAUGUUCCCAUAAAAGGGUUUCAUCUUCAAGAAAUUCAUGGAAAAGACUCUGACAAGUACAGGUUUCCGGUAACUGACUGUACUGCUGAACUGAAUGAAUAAGCAUUUUCAGAACUCUAAUGAAAAACUGAUGAACUCAUAAAAGUGCUAACAAAAGAUCAAGAUGGAAAAAAAAUUAAUUACAUGGCACUGAGUGAACUGAUGAGGAUGAGUAUAAUUUUUGUGACUUUCUGUUUGAAUUUAAAAAAAAUAAAAAUAAAAAAUAAACAAAAAAAAUCCCACAAGGACUCAGAGGCAAAGAAUAUACAAAUCAAUUUUCACUGCAAAGUAAAGGAACUGUUACAGUGGAGGAUUACUGGACUGAAUGUCAAUAUUAUGACAUAGUAUGAGUGUGUUUCAUGUUUGGUAAUUGCAAUCAUUGUUGCUUUUGUUGUGGUCAUCCAUGUACAAUGCUUGGUGUCAGUCUAUUUAUCUCUUGUAAAAAUAAAAUACAGUGUGUGUGUGUGUGAAAAAAAAAAGGAAAAAAGAAAAAAGAAACUGUGUUCCCAAAUGAAACCCUGGGAUAGGAUUAGUCAUUUACAUCUUUUAAAAAUAAAGUUCAACAGUAUUAGAGCUGUGGUAUACUUAUUGGGAAAAAAAAAGGAUUGUGGUAGAGGAAACGACUUGGAGCCGAGGACCGAAGUCCCCAACCGUUACAAGGGCAUCAUUCACUAAUAUGCCAGUUCAAAAUACUGAGAGUCUCAAGUCUGUCUGGUUCAACCCCUGAAUCAGACAGUGUAUUGAUUAUCUGGUGGUAUGUAACAGAUCACACCAAAAUAGUGGCU